AGAGCAUCCUUCCGUCAUGGCGUCUGUUUGGGCUAAAUCCUUUGCUAACCUGUCGGUCCUGUCUGUUUUCUUCCUCCUGGUGUUAUGCCUGCCGCCCGGGGGAGGACAAAAGAAGAAGGAGAAUCUGCUUUCGGAGAAGGUUGACCAGAUGAUGGAGUGGUCCUCUCGGCGUUCAGUCGUCCGUAUGAAUGGGGACAAGUUCCGUCGCUUCGUCAAGGCCCCACCGAGGAACUACUCUGUGAUCGUCAUGUUCACUGCCCUGCAGCCUCAAAGGCAGUGUUCUGUCUGCAGGCAGGCGAAUGAAGAGUACCAGGUCCUGGCAAACUCCUGGCGUUACUCAUCUGCAUUUUCCAACAAGCUCUUCUUCACAGUGGUGGACUAUGAUGAGGGAGCUGAUGUAUUCCAACAGUUGAACAUGAACAGCGCUCCAACCUUCAUGCAUUUCCCGGCUAAGGGAAAGCCGAAGAGGGCUGAUACGUUUGACCUGCAAAGGAUUGGCUUCGCUUCGGAGCAGCUGGCCAAGUGGAUUGCAGACCGUACAGAUGUGCAGAUUCGUGUCUUCCGUCCUCCAAAUUAUUCAGGGACUAUUGCUUUGGCUUUGUUAGUGUCUCUUGUUGGAGGCCUGCUGUAUCUGAGGAGGAACAACUUGGAAUUCAUAUACAACAAGACCGGAUGGGCUAUGGCUGCACUGUGUGUAGUUUUUGCAAUGACAUCCGGCCAGAUGUGGAAUCACAUCAGAGGUCCUCCCUAUGCCCACAAAAACCCCCAGAAUGGACAAGUGAGUUAUAUUCAUGGCAGCAGCCAGGCUCAGUUUGUGGCGGAGUCUCACAUCAUCCUUCUUCUGAAUGCUGCAAUCACCAUGGGGAUGGUGCUGCUAAAUGAGGCUGCCACCUCCAAGGGAGACGUUGGCAAGAGGAGAAUCAUCUGCCUGGUUGGCCUUGGCCUGGUGGUGUUUUUCUUCAGCUUCCUGCUCUCCAUUUUUAGGUCCAAGUAUCAUGGAUACCCCUACAGCUUCCUUAUUAAGUAAAAAAAAAAAAGACAGAAGCGGAAUUCAGGAUGGCGACGAGGCGUUUGGUGAGGAGAGGAGGAGUCUAGAAGAUACUUGAAGAGGAGGAGGCAGUGUCACUAUUGAGUCUAAAGUGUAUCGUGGGGUUUCCUUUUUUGCGUGUUGUUUUUUUUAUCAGCUGCGAUCAUAAACUCUGCAAGCUGAAUAGAAAAUAAAUUAUUCCUUCUUACACUGGAAAAUAAAGGUGUUUGGCAUGUCUCUCUAUUUUUGUUGUUCGUCGUUUCCUUUCAGGGGCUGAAUAUUCUGUGUGGGUAGAAACAUUGACCUGUGACUGUGGUAUGCUGUUUUUUAAUCUAUGUAUUGCAUUUGAUUUAUGAAUACUGUGUCACAGGUGAAGGGAGGGUAAGAGACAAGUGAAUUCACAACUGGGUGUUGAGAGGACAGGAAGUGGAAUUGCAUGUUAGAAAUAUGGUUAACGUGGUAAAGGUUGAAUACUGAAGUAGAGAUGCGAGCUGAGAAAAUGUUUCAUGAUUAGUUAGUAGUAAAGUUUAUUAACUAGGUGUAAAAUCUGUGCUUGUCACGUCCUUGUCUCUUAUGGUGACAACACAUAUGCCGCUUUCGGAGAAGCACUCAUAAAGAUGCUAAUCUGUAGCUUGGAAAUUCCUGCUUCAGCUUCUGCUGUAGGUUUGGAACUCAGUCAGACCCUGUCAGAAUUGAUAUAGCUAAAAUAUGACUGACUCAAACAAAGAAAAGUGUGCAGAUAUAUAAAGACACACAUACUGGAAUAAAUCCAGUCAUUUAUCAUAGUUUAUAUGGCUUUUCACUCUUACGCAGUACUAUUUUGUUUGUGUCUGACGUUUGGGCUUUACUAUUUUUGCUACAGAUUUAAUAAGACCACAACCAACAUAUGUUAUUGUCCUCUCUCCAUCCCUGUAAUCUCAUUUACAUUUUAUGUUUGAAAAAUGUUUUAACUGGAUGUAUAGUGUAUUAUCCACUGACAACUCAAUUAUCUAUAUUAGGCAGCUCAAACAUCUUGGUUCUUAGGCAAAGAUUGUGGUCAUCGUUUAAUAGUAAAAAAAAAUUGUUGAGUUGACCAAUAUGAGCACAAACCCAACAUGCAAAUCUUUGACAAAAAACACUAAUUCAGCCUCCACACUGUUACUUUUUGCUGCGCUUAAUGAUCCACUUUCCCCUGCUCUGGCACAUCACUGAUGCAAAAUAGUACAGAAUAAACAGAGUUCACAGAAGACUGUCUACGAGUGCUGUAACUUUUUUUGCUGAAUGUGAGAAGCAUAGAGAAUUAGAGAAUUCAUACAUUUCUUCACUUGUGGACUGCCCACUAAAACACUGAGUGGGCUGGAGCAUUGAAACCAUUUAUGUAACCUGCUAUUUGUGGGCUGGCAUGUGGUGCCGAACAUAGACCAGUUUUGACAAAUGUAAUAAAAAUAUUGCCUCUCA